AUGGCUUCACUCGGAUCGAAGUCAACGAUCAGAAGUCUCUGGCGAUGGAGAACUGGUCAACAAUACACCGUGUCACGAUCACCUCUGUCGAUUCCAGCAGCAACCCGGCAACUUCAGUCUGCGCCAAGUCGUCACGGACAAGUUGCCCUCGCUUUCUCUCCAGCACAAGAUCAGCCGGUAUACAACGGCAUUGAUUUCACCCAUGGUAUUCCUUACCCCGAAGCUAGAACAGUUCCAGUCUAUCACCAUGGCUCGAAAUUCGAAAGAAUUCCCUAUUGGCAAAAGAUACGCCGUUGGGAAGAUGUCACUGAAGAGCAGUUCCUAUCAUACAGAUGGAACAUAGCCAAAGAUGUCCAGGGAAAGAUGAAGUUAUACCAAUUCCUUAAUGAAGUCAUACCCGAGCACGUCCCUAUCCCUGGUAAAGAAGGCCACACGACAAGCCGAGAAGCCUUCGUCCUCGAUGUCAUGGACGGCAUUGCACUAGCACCAAUGUCCAUCCGCCUUACCCCCCACAUACUCGCCAGCAUGGACUGGAACAACCCCCUCGGUGACCCGCUCAGUCGCCAAUUCAUCCCCAAGAAGUCAACUUUUCAGCCCGAUCACCCCAAACUCACCCUAGACUCCCUCCACGAGACCGGAGACAGUCCUUGUGAGGGGUUGGUGCAUAGAUACACCGACAAGUGUCUCUUCUUAGCAAGCUCUCACUGCCCCCUCUACUGUCGGUACUGUACUCGCUCGUACGCUGUCGGUGCCGACACAGAGACUGUCACGAAAGCAUCUUUGAAGCCGAAACUUGCUCGCUGGAAUGAAAUGCUCGACUACAUUGCUGCCACACCGAUCAUUCAGGAUGUGGUCAUAUCCGGAGGAGACUCUUAUUCACUUGCAGGAAUGCAUUUACGCAUGAUCGGUGAUCGCCUACUCUCAAUUCCUCAUGUUCGUCGAUUUCGCAUUGCUACCAAAGGCCUUUGCGUGUCUCCCUCUCGUACCUUGGAUCCUAAUGACGACUGGACUGAUGAGCUCAUCCGUCUCUCGAACAUCGGCCGCGAGCGAGGUGUCCACAUCGCCCUACACACGCACUUCAACCACCCUCAAGAAUUCUCCUGGGUAACCCGCGAAGCCGCCCAGAAACUCCACCAAGAAGCAGUCGUAGUCCGCAACCAAAGCGUCCUCCUGAAGGGUGUCAACGACUCUGCCGAGACAAUGGGGAAUUUAAUCCGUGAACUGGCUAAUAACAACAUCAUUCCCUACUACGUCUACGCAGGCGACCUCGUCCGAGGCGUCGAAGACCUGCGCACGCCUCUCCAAACCAUCCUCGACCUCGAAUGCGAGCUUCGUGGCUCCAUCGCCGGCUUCAUGACUCCACAAUUCGUCGUCGACCUCCCUGGUGGCGGCGGCAAACGCCUCGCCACGUCCUAUCGCAGCUAUGAUCGCACGACGGGGGUUUCGACGUUCGUGGCGCCCGCUGUGAAGGGACAGGGCAAUGCGAAGAAGAAUAAGGUUUAUGAGUAUUACGAUCCGUUGGGAUCGUUACCCGGCGCUGGAACUGGGGGAGCGCAGAAUAGAGAUGGCUAG